AGCGCCACCAGGGCAGCAGCCGCCGCAGCCGCCGCCGCUGGGCUGAGGAGCCGGAGACGCGGGCGGACGAGGUGGCGGCGGCGGCGGAGCGGGAGCGGGCACCGGGCGCGGGCAGAGCGCGGCGGCGCGGGUGUAUUCCAGAGAACAAGUCUUCAUACAUCUUUGCUGUAUUGACUCUGAGCUGUCAGGGGACUCAGGCUUAUGAGGAGGUACUGUUACGCAAAACAGUGUCUAGUGAAGACGACAAGAAAGAGGGGAAAGGAUCGGAAAAAGAAACUAAAACACCAUAGAAAACCAUGAGAUCUAUUAGAUCUUUUGCCAAUGAUGAUCGCCAUGUUAUGGUGAAACACUCAACAAUCUAUCCAUCUCCGGAGGAACUUGAAGCUGUUCAGAAUAUGGUGUCUACUGUUGAAUGUGCUCUUAAACAUGUCUCAGAUUGGCUGGAUGAGACAAAUAAAGGCACAAAAACAGAGAGCGAGACAGAAGUGAAGAAGGAUGAGGCUGUAGACACCUAUUCCAAGGAUCAAGGUGGUCGGACAUUGUGUGGUGUAAUGAGGAUUGGCCUGGUUGCAAAAGGCUUGCUGAUUAAAGAUGAUAUGGACUUGGAGCUGGUUUUAAUGUGCAAAGACAAACCCACAGAGACCCUGUUAAAUACAGUCAAAGAUAAUCUUCCUAUUCAGAUUCAGAAACUCACAGAAGAGAAAUAUCAAGUGGAACAAUGUGUAGAUGAGGCAUCUAUUAUAAUUCGGAAUACAAAAGAGCCCACGCUAACUUUGAAGGUGAUACUUACUUCCCCUCUAAUUAGGGACGAAUUGGAGAAGAAGGAUGGAGAAAAGGUUGUGAUGAAAGAUCCUCCGGACUUACUGGACAGGCAGAAAUGCCUGAACGCCUUGGCGUCUCUUCGACAUGCCAAAUGGUUUCAGGCAAGGGCAAAUGGAUUAAAAUCAUGUGUAAUUGUCCUGCGCAUUCUGCGUGAUUUGUGCAACAGAGUCCCCACAUGGGCACCAUUAAAAGGAUGGCCACUAGAGCUUAUAUGUGAAAAGUCUAUAGGUACUUGUAAUAGACCUUUGGGCGCUGGGGAGGCCUUGAGACGAGUAAUGGAGUGUUUGGCAUCUGGAAUACUACUUCCUGGGGGUCCUGGUCUUCAUGAUCCUUGUGAGCGAGACCCUACAGAUGCUCUGAGCUAUAUGACCAUCCAGCAAAAAGAAGAUAUUACCCACAGUGCACAGCAUGCACUCAGACUAUCAGCCUUUGGCCAGAUUUAUAAAGUGCUGGAGAUGGACCCGCUUCCAUCUAGUAAGCCUUUUCAGAAAUAUUCCUGGUCAGUUACUGAUAAAGAAGGUGCUGGGUCUUCAGCUCUGAAGAGGCCAUUUGAAGAUGGAUUAGGGGAUGAUAAAGAUCCCAAUAAAAAGAUGAAGCGAAACUUAAGGAAAAUUCUGGAUAGUAAAGCAAUAGACCUUAUGAAUGCGCUAAUGAGGCUGAAUCAGAUCAGGCCUGGGCUUCAGUAUAAGCUCUUAUCUCAGUCUGGCCCUGUCCAUGCCCCAGUCUUCACAAUGUCUGUAGAUGUGGAUGGUACAACAUAUGAAGCCUCAGGACCAUCCAAGAAAACAGCAAAACUUCACGUAGCAGUGAAGGUAUUGCAGGCAAUGGGAUAUCCAACGGGCUUUGAUGCAGAUAUUGAAUGUAUGAGUUCUGAUGAAAAAUCAGAUAAUGAAGGCAAAAAUGAAACAGUGUCUUCAAACUCAAGCAAUAAUACUGGAAAUUCUACAACCGAAACCUCCAGUACCUUAGAGGUAAGAACUCAGGGCCCUAUCCUCACGGCAAGUGGCAAAAAUCCUGUAAUGGAGCUCAAUGAAAAAAGAAGAGGUCUUAAGUAUGAACUCAUCUCGGAGACUGGUGGAAGCCAUGACAAGCGCUUUGUAAUGGAGGUAGAAGUAGAUGGACAGAAGUUCAGAGGUGCAGGUCCAAAUAAGAAAGUGGCAAAGGCAAGUGCAGCUUUAGCUGCCCUGGAGAAGCUGUUUUCUGGACCCAAUGCAGCAAAUAAUAAGAAAAAGAAGAUUAUCCCUCAGGCAAAGGGUGUUGUGAAUACAGCUGUGUCUGCAGCAGUCCAAGCUGUUCGAGGCAGAGGAAGAGGGACUCUAACAAGGGGAGCUUUUGUUGGGGCCACAGCUGCUCCUGGCUACAUAGCUCCAGGCUAUGGAACACCAUAUGGUUACAGCACUGCUGCCCCUGCCUAUGGUUAAUACUUUUAAGCAGUUUUCAGCACGUUUAUCUCACUUUAUUCUCGUUCUCCUCGGACCUUCGUAGCCAUAUCACUUGUAUAAAAUAGGCUGAGAUAUAGUGACUGUAAGCUGUGGUCUCAGUAUACAAAGGUAAGCUCUUUUAUUUUCUGAUUAAAGAGAAAAAUAAUUAAAAAUCAAUGAACACAACAUGCAUAUAUGACAAUCAUAUAUGAUGUAUUUGAUCUCUUAGGUCUUAUGUCAUCACAUUACCUUUAAAAUUUUUAUGAUCUAAAUGUAAAAUAAUUAUUUUCAGCAUUUGUUUUAAUACCCUUGUAAUUACUUUCUAUUCAAGACAUGUCACAUUUGCUGAGUUGUGUGUGUGUGUGUGUGUAGAAACUUAGAGCAUAUAUGUGAAUUACACACACGUAUCUGUUUAGAUAAAAGAAUUCAAUGGUGGGAAGAGUUCACCUAAGAAGAUUUUAAUGUCAGGGCACUCUUUUGGCCAAAGUACUAGAAUUUCAUAAGCAGCAAGAUUGGUAACAGUACCGGCAGGAUGCAUUUAUAAAUAGCUGUUACGCAAGCUGAGGAUCAAAGUGCCAAUUUCUCAAGGAGAGAAAUGAAAAUCUCUGAUCUGUGUUGUAUGCCCUAAUACAACAGCAGCAAGAAGCCAUAAAAAAAAGCAAUAGAAAAUGAAAAAAAAUAUUAAGGUAACUAUGGAAAAAUAUAUAAUUGACUGAGUUAAGCUAACUGUUUGCAGAACCAGCUUUGGCAAGACUCAGAAUGGUAAAUACCCAGUCUGCAGAGACCAAAUAGACACGGCAAUUCAUCUGUCUUUUCUAGGUUAGGUAUCUAGAUGAUUUAUUUCCCACCUUAUUCAACCAUCAUGGAGUUCAUUUAAAAGAUGUGAGUGUUAGGCCAAAUAUUUUAGUAAGGAUUUUCUUCAUUUAGUGUGUCCCAUAAAUGCAUUUCUUAUGUGUUAGAUGUUCUAUGCUAAGGCUGUAUUUUAUAUAUGGAGAUUAAAAUGAAUUUUUAUGUUGUAUGUUUGUCUCUAAGUAGCAGUUUUCUUUUUAUUACUAACUUUGAAGGUUACUGGGACAACUUUUUUUUUUGCCAUACAGAAUCUGUAUGUAUGUUGAAUGUGGCUUUGGCAUCUAUAAAAGGUUGGAUGAGGUCUAGCUGACUCACACCAAGUACAUUUCAGUGCUGAUCAAACAGCCGAGUGCCAGUGAUGCGCCAGGUCCUUCUCUGGGUGCUAGUGAAACGAGGCUCUGCCCAGCGGAAUCAUUUUAAGUCUGAGAGUCUCCUUGUUGUUGGAAUUGGGCCUAUUGUAAAUAUCCUAGGUUGGGAGACAAAUAAUGCAUCAGGAGUGUCAGAAGAUAACUAGUUAAUAGUUUAUUUAUAAAUUAUUUAAUAAUAUGGGCCCUCUGACAUCACUGAAAUGGGCAUCAUUUGGAAAUUCACUCAUUUUCUAUAUUUCCCAGGCAGUUUUGACAGCCUGAAAUCAACUCUGGUUUAUGUUCAUGGACCUCUAUCCAAGUAAGUGAACUGAAUGAAAUGAAUAACAAAUACCCUGGUCCUUUUUAAGCAGUUUUAUAGGUUAGCAAGGAGCAAAGUAGUUAAUUUAUUUAAACACUGACCACAUUUUUUUGAUGACAAAUGAGGGGAAUUGUACCCUUAUACUCAAUCAUUCAUUAAGACUUCCCUGUUUCUUAGAUUUUAUUAAUGACAGCAGUGGAGGUAACUUUUCAGUAGUGAGUUAGGGGAAUGAGCUAAGACUCCCCGACCCCAGCAGUUAGAUUUCUAGCAAUCUAGAGCCCUAAAAACCGGGAUGUUAAGAGCAGUUACAGCUGAAAACCACCUGCUCUGUGAAUGGUCUUCCUAUAACUCCAUUCAGUGCAAGCCAGUGACUCCUUGGUGGUGGUGGCCCAGGGAUGAGGGUCUCUGUGACGUCAUCCAGAACAAGAAAGGUCCUAUUGUAUUCAUACUCAUACGCUGUAACGAUCUGAUACCGUGCCAUCCAGUGACGUAGACUUCUCAGUGUUACCAGGAGACCUGGAAGGGAGAUGGGUGGUAAAUGAAUAAGAACCGCAGAGCCAGGAAACUGUCUGCCGCUGAGGUGAGUUUUGAUAUUGAUGUGUUUCUCUCUAGCAAUUAUUUACAGAGCACACAGCUAGUACUUCUUAUGUAAGAAUGAAUCCCUUCCUUUCCUAACAGCAUUUUCCAGAAAGACUGUCUUAAGUCAAGAAUUCAGGUUGAGUUAGUUGUAAGAAUAGACAUCCUUUCCCACAUUAUCAUUUUAGGUAGGAGCUAACGUCUUCCAUUGAUGCUUGAAGCAGUGAUCUUCGGAGAUUUUUAAAAAUAGCACCAUAAUGCAAAUUAGGUUAUGUAAGCUUUACAGCACAGCUAGAAAUAGGGACUAGAAACCAUGUGGGAAUCUGGGCCAAAGUAUUUCUCUGCCUCCAGCAGAUUCCUCUGGGGCCUAGGAGUUAGAUGAGUUAAUACACAUAAGUGCUUUGCAUAGAACCUGGUGCAUAGUAAGUACCCAGUACAUGUUGGCUGUUCUUGCUGUGGUUGGCUGAAGUGACAGAAAGUAUGUGAGGGAGGCAAGGCCAUGCUGGCAGGUAGGUGAGAAGCAGGUGUGUGGCCUGCUUGGGGGUGCUGCAUUGGAUCCUUGUGCUCCCAGGCUUUGGGCAAGGACUCCCAGCAUCCAGAGAUUAGACAGCAAACGGAAAGCAGACAUUCGGUGAGAGCUCGUGGUGGCAAGGCCACCGUGGGUCCACGCUGAAUGAAAAUGCUCACGAGUCUGUUGUGGUGGCUAAAUCAUUGGCCAGUCUGCUGCCAGGGCUUUGUCAAUGCUUGCUUUCAGAUUUAACUGUGCUUAGAACUUCAAAAGGGCUGAGCUUAAACAUCAACCUACUGAUUCCAAGCUUCCUACCAGUGCAUUAAUAAGAAAAAAAGUGUGUGUUUGAUUACAGCUAGUCCCAGAAUCCAACAUCCAGAGCUCACUAGCAGGUAGAAAGCGAGUGAUUAUAAACCACGGAAAAGAAAGAGGAGACUGGGUGUAUGCUUAGAAGGCUGUUGACUCAUGUUUCUCUGAAGAGCAUUCUUGCAGCUUCUCUCUUCCAGUUUGCUUCUCCCCUUUGGGGAAAAAAAUCAGUACUCAUCACCACACGAGUCCUCCCUUCUGUCUGUUAAUCUUGGAAAAAACAUAUCUGUCUAUUAAUCCAUCUGAGACCCUCUAUCCUCUUAUCUAUCUAUGUAGACAGUUGGGAAUUUGCUUUUCAGCAAAAGGAAAAAUGGGCAGAUGGUGAAAUGGACGCUGUUGGAUUGAAUAGAAGGUCUACAUCUUACUGUCCGUUCCUGGCUCGCCUGUGUGGUGGACUUCAGGAGCCUCUGAAGAAAGUUGGGCAGAUGCGUCCUUGUCUCUUGGGAGGAGAUGAGCUAAGUGGGGAUACAGAUUGAGUACAGUGAUGCUCCAAGGUUAUAGAAAUUGUGUAGACAAGGGCUGAGAAUUACCUUUAAAGGCAAAUAAGAUAGAUGUGCAGUAUAGUUGAGAGGCUUUUCUUAAAUCCAGGAGAUAUUUGAAUAACGUCUUGGCAAACGUUACUCCAUUCCUCAACUGUAGCUGUUCAGUGGAAUCACUGCCUCCUUGAGCCAAGGCUAAGGGAGGACCUCUUUUUUUGCCUUGACCAGUCAGUUAUUAACAUCUUCAUUACUUGGUCCUUCUAAGGAAGGUAUUGGUCUUUCCUGACAGAACUUUGCCAUUUCUGCAGACAAACUGUGCUGCCUCUGUGGGUGGGGCGAGUGGCGAUUGCCACCAUCUGCCUAGGCAGCUUAAAGGAGUCUGAUUAGCAUAUCCUAGCUGGAGAUGUGGUCCUGAGUCAUCUUUUUUGCCGCUUAUGGCCUGUGGGAGGUAAUGGGAUUAGCCUGGCUGCUGUGAGGACAUUCUCUUAGCACUGCCUAGGAGCCCAGUCUCUCUCUGCUUCGUUUCAGUUUCUCCUACCUUGAUCUUUUUAUGGUUUGGAUGGACAGUCUCUGCAUUAAAAUGUCAGCUAAAUGUCCCAGAUAAUUAAGUUAACAGAAGCCUUUAGUUUAGGUCAUUUUGGGCCGUGGGCAGCAGUAGAUUGAAGAAGCAACAAUGGAAGAAAGGAAAGAGAGGGAAGAAAGAUGCUUAAAUUGGUAUUUGUGUGUGCCAGGCCCCUCAACAUUCUUCUUAAUUUUCAACCAACCUUCUCAGAGGUGGUAUUAUCCCUAGUUUACACAUGAAAAAACUGAGGCUCAGAGUUAAGUGCUAGAAUCAAGAAUGAAACCCAGCUCUGUUCAGUGCCAGAGCCUUUUCCCACUACCCCAUGCUCUGGAUUGGAAGUCUGAGAAUGAAGGUGAGGAGCACGUCAGGCGACAGAAAGGAGGUGUGCAGGCAGCGGGGCAAGGGCAAAUGGAGCUGUAGGAAGGGCCUGCCACACCAGCCAGGGCCUCACUGCCACAGGACCUUGUCAGCUCCCAAGCUCAAACCUCGAUCCUAGAUUCCUGUGCUGCAGUCUGACUCAAGGUCAUUUUAGACCAGAUAUCCUGGCCUAAAAUAGGGCUAUUUUCUUUUGAACCGAUUAGAAAAGACUGUUUAACAAACUGGAAAGAUAGACUGGAAAGCUAAGGUGUGGCUCUGUUAACAGGAAGCUUUUGUAUUACAAGCUUGUUUUUCUGUUUGAAUAUCAAUGACAAAUUGAGGUAUAUGUUUUCAUUUAGCUAAUGCUUUCUGAAUACCCUCUCUCUGCCUGGCCUGAGGUUGGUGAUGGGGAUGUCUUAAAAAAUCUGAGCCAGACUCUGAAGGAAGGCUGGUGAGGCUUUGGGUCCCUGAGUAAAAGGAAGAGAGGCACAGAGGGGUAGAAGCCCAGGUUUGGGGUGUAAGUGUAGGGAGGUGUCCCUGCACGAGUGCUAAGCAGAGAUGAGGGGAGUGGCAGAUUGCAGUAGCCUGUUCUGAUUGCACGAGUUUCCCCCAGACGAGGCUUCAGGGAAUGCUGCCAGCCUAGAGUGAGUAGGCUUCCCUCUAGGUUGGGCCAUGGCUUGGCCAGCCCUCGGAUGGCUUUGAGGUGUCUGAAUUGCUGCCUGUGAGCCGCUCUGCUGGACUUGUCUGAUUCUCCCACUGCUGCGCAGCCCUUCACCAGUUCCUUUGCUAAUGAAAGCCAACUGGGUCUCUGCUCAGGGGUAGGUGGCUGUGGGGAUGGAUACAGAAUCCUCUUCGGGAAAAGAUAUUCUGCCUUUCCAAGUCAUCACCAUCCUUGGCAGUUGGCCAUUUUUCUGAGCCACCUGCCAUUAUCCUGGAGGGGUACAGGAGGGAGGAACCUUUGUUAAACCCAGGUCAUAUGAGUUCCACAGCAAUGACUUGUGUGUGAGGGAGAAUGAGGACUUGGCAUUUGUUGAAUACAACACUUAGCGCAGCCCUUUCCCAGCAUCAUUCCAUUUCCUGCUCUACCCAUCCAAUUUAGAAAAGCAGCAAAGCAUGGAUAAUUGUUCCCACUCUACAGACAAGGAAGUUGAAGCCAGAGACCUCUCCAAACCACCCAGCUUGUUUGUGGCAAAACAUUGUGGCUCCUAAUUAGUGAGUUUUUAACCACACAGAUGAAAUAACAUUUCUUCUACUGUUUUUAGAGUUAACAGAAGCCCUUUCUUAGGGAUGGGAUUUGAACUCUACCACAACUGUGGGAUCUAGAAAUUUUCUCCUUUUACAGAUGAAAUAGGUGGAGGCUUAGACAAAAUGACUUGCCCAAAAUUAUACAGCUAGUCAGUGGCCGAGCCCACCCAUUCUGAUAGCGCUGCACUAAAUACUGGCGGUUUGUGUUGCUGUUCUGGACUGCUGCCUCUCCUGUUUUCCAGACUGUUUGGCAAGAGUUUCCUCCCUUCUCUAUGAUGCGUUCUACUUACCUUUCUUCCAGACUUCUGGUAUAUAACCUGUGUUGUUUGAAACAAAACGGGUAAAAACCAACCCAUCUCUCCCUGACCCCUCCCCUCCCCUCCCCGUGAGAGAAAAAAGAAUCCAGACUUUAGGUUCAUUCCUUCUCCUGUUCCUUUGGAAGAAUUGUUAGCUUGCUCCUGGGCAAGGUGACUGACUGGUCCGCCUUAAGUGGAAACCAGUAAUUACCUUUGGAGAGAUCCCCAGGGGCUGGAACAGGGGAAGAGAGAUGCUGGGGGAAGUGUGCUUUUUAUGUUCAGCUUCAUCCACAUUUUGGUUGUUGGCUGUCUUCUGUUCCUGGUUAAGCCUUCAUUAUGUGCUCUAAGCAAAGGUCACCCUUACAGUGACACAUUUCCCAGAGCACUCUGACACCGGGUCUCAUUGGACCUCUCCAUCGUGUGGAUAGUCUCAGGAGUUGCCCAGCUUUCCAACAUUCUUCAUGCCCUUGGAGUUUAUACGAAGGGAAAUAUGUGGACAUCAUCUGGGAGGUGAAAAACUUCUGGAAGGUGGCACCUGAGGAACUCAGGAAAACUGAAAGCACCUGAGUUUGAUUGAGGCUGGUGAAGGGGAGACCUGAGGAGGACAUGACCUUUCCAUCAGCUGUUUGAAGGGGUUAUAUUUACUUGUUGUAUAUGGUUCCAGGAGGGUAGAGAGAGUUAUAGGAAGCCAGUUGGGCAGUUCGAGCUAAAGUGUGCCUCCCAGGAUGAUGGAUGGGGCUGCCUUGGGAGAGUAGGUAUGGUGAGAGGUGAACUCUGUGUUCCUGGGAGUGGUUAAGCAAGAAGCCAAUUGUCUGGAUAGUGCAGAGGAAAUUCUUCAUGGGAUGUCAGUUGGGACAGAACACUGAUGUGAUUGGUGACAUUGCCAAGACCACUUCUCCCCUCUUGGGCAUAUGGAUUUAUUGAGAAACAUUCAGUGUCACCUAAUGCUAUUUACCAGGCUCUGUGUUGGGGGAGAAGGAGCUAUUGGAGAAAGUGUCAAGAUUUUCAGCUUAGACAGCUGAGAAGGUGAAACCACUGACCAAGAUGGAGAGCACAGGAAGGGGAAGGAGGAUGCCCAGAGCCAUCUUCCGUGGUUGGGAGAAACUCUUCAGCAGGUCUCCCACUCAGUCUCGGAGAGGAGCCAGGCCUGUGAAGAGACUGAUGCACAGGAAGAGACGUUCUUAGAGCUUUGUAACUUACAGAGAGUCAGAGGGGCUCCAAUAGACAUGGCAAAGGCUUCCCAGUGAAACUGGCCUCCAGACUGAGUAGGAGUUUGCCUCCUAGGGUAGUGAGGAGGAGACUUCAAGAAGGGGGCAUAGUGUGCAUGCAAAUGGGACGGCCUUCUCAGGAUUGCACGAGGGUCCUUGUUAAUGGGAACUGGGAUGGCUAGGAGGGUGAAGUGGUAGAUAGGAUGUGUAGUUUGGGGCCACAUUGUGAGAGGCCCUGGGUGCCCUUCAGGGAGUCUCAUGUUCCAAAAUGGUGAGAGAAUUCUGGAAGAUUGAUUUGGUCAGUUGGAUGGGAAAGGACUAGAGGCAGGCGCAGAAGCUGUUGUAGAUGCCCAGAUGAGGGAUGAAGGAGGCUGCCCGAGGGUGGCAGCAGAGGGGUGGAGAGGCAGGAAUGGUGUCUCUCCAUAGGCCAGGCUCCUCUCCUGGGCCAGGUGGGAAAGUGGGCCCAAUGCAUCCAGCCUGGGGCCAGGGAACUACAGUGCCCAUCAAGGGGAGUGGAUGCCUGCCCCAGCACUUCCCCUGGGCCACUGGUCAGUGGGAGACUGAGAUGACAGUGGUGCCUGGAACCAAGAUGGGGAAGACAGAGGAAGGGAGGAGGAUGCUGACAGGGUGGGGGGGGGGGAGUGAUGAGGAGAGGAGUUGCAGUGUAGCAGAGUCCAUCUCUAUUGGGCUGGGAAAUAGGGGUUUGAUGGGCCCAACUCUUUCAUGGAUGGAGGGAUAUGAGCCCCCUUCUUGUGCUCUCUGGGAAGCAUGUCUUUGAGCAAUAGAUAGAGAGUUUUGCAGGCUGGUCAGUCAGCAUCCUGCCCUUUACCUUAGUUUCUGCUCUGCUGGGCUCGUCAGUCAGAGGGAGUGACAGGCAGCGGGUGUUCAUUCAUACAGCAGCCUUCUGCUUUAGAAUUAAUGUUUUGGUUUCUUUGUCUGGACAAGGGCCAGAGCUCAUUGGAUUCAGCAGCUGUAGAACAUGGUCUUUAGCCAGUGGGAAGGUGCAGACUUGCUCUACGGAGUACUUUAAGGAGGGGAAAAAUGUCAAAUUGUAAGAUUACUAGAGGAUUUGCUUUGGGCCUCAGUUUUGUGUCUGUCUCAGUCCUGCCACCUCUGGUUUGUCCUGGACAGGUGGGCAGGGAGACCUGAGGAGUCAGGGUGGGUUUCUGCACCUCUUUCUAUAGCUCAGUUGGAGGCUAGGGUUAGAGAGGCAGCUGUGGUUUUUGAGCCUUCAGGUUGGAGCUAUGAAAGGUUACAGGUAUACUGAGACACAGGUCCCAUCAGCCUUUAGGGGCCCAGAACCCCAGGGCCGGGUAUGUCUAACCACAAGAGGCCUUGUCUGUUUACCCUAGUGGGCCACGCAGAUAUCACCUCUUUUGUGUGUGUCACAAUGUGAAAAUAUGUGGGAACACUGCCUUAGCCCUGGUGUCGGCAAACUUUUUCUGUAAAGGGCCAGAUAGUGAAUCUUUGAGGUGUUGUGGACCAUUUGCUCUGUCACAGCUACUCAGCUCUGCUGUUACAGCACCUGAACAGCCAGAGAUGGUGCGUAAACAGAUGAGCAUGGCUGUGGUCCAACCAACUUUACUUAGAAAAACAGGCAGUAGGCCAUAUUUUGCCAACCCCUGCCUUAGUCUGUAGAGAUUACUCACCUUUUGGCUUAAUCAUGACUGGAAACUUCCUCCCAUUUGCUGCCCAGAACCAUCCAUCUUCCCACAAAGGCUUCCUGAGCAUCUGUUUUGUGUAAGCACAGAGGAUGAGCAAGGUAAGUCUGCCCAUAAGGACCUUAGGUUUUGAGUGAGAGGUGAGCACUGACAGGGAGAGCAGGUGACUGAAAAAAUACAGAGCAGGGCUCAGGGAAGUCCAAGGUGCUGGGGAUCCAGAGGAGAGAAGGGCUGAGCCCUAGGAAAGAGGCAGCUCUGGAGAAGGAGUGGGCCCAGACGGCGGGUAGGGACAGUGUGUGUCAGAUACCGAGAAGUGUGUAGUCACACAGGUACACUGACCCAGCCAGUGAAGGGCCCUGAGUGCCAGGCGAAGGAGCGUGGACUUCCUUCUCUGGGCAGUGGGGAGCCAAUGAAAAGGCUGUGCUCAGGAGGGUAAAGUGCUCACAAAUGCACUUUGGAAACAUCCUUCUGGCUGUGUAACCAGGUCUGUGGUUACAAAUGGUACCUUUCAGCUUAGUCUGGACUUUUUAGCCUAGCGUUUGGUUUCUGUUGGUACUAGCGUGGGAAAGACAGGCCCAGAGUUGGAUGGUUUUGCUGGCUUCUGGCUUUAGUGGGCCAGGGAGCACCAUACCUUUUUGAGAUGGCAGGGCUUGACAGAAUCUUCCAUCUUCAGGCUUUUUCUCUCUUGCUAUCCUAAAGACCACUGAAAAGGGCAAGAUGAGUGAAACAUUCUGUCUCGAAUCUCAUUUUGGCCUGGGUCCUUGGUGUGUGAGGGUAAAGUACGCUAGGGAUGGGCUCCCCCUUGCUUCAGAAUUGGGUCACGUGGCAGGAGAGCUUUAUGGAGCAGAUUCACUUCCUCUUUGCACGUGGCCAGGCCUGCAGCCAGCACACAGGGCAGGACUUUAGAGAGAUGAUGGUCUGUGCCCUCAGGAAACCUUGAGGCGAACUUGAGGCAGGACGCACAUGUCUAACAGGUCACAGCAGAUCCUGCUCAGGUGCAUCACAGCUGCUCCAGGCCGGCCACGGGCCUGGGUUGGGUGCAGGCGAGAUUGAGAUGAAGCACUCUUGCUGCCUGCCCAAGGUGCUCAGUGUAGUUGGCGCAACGAGCAAAACCCGUAAAUGUAUACAGAGCACUCUCCUUUCCAAAGUGCUUUCCCUCAGAGAGGUUUCUAGGCAGGUGAAGGGAGCUACUGUUUACUGAGCAUCAUGAGGUGCCAGAGACGUGAGCCAGCAUUCUCCUUUAAUGUGAACAGAAGUCAGAGGGGGUGUGUGUUGCAUGUGCAGUGAGUGACAGGAGCUGCCAUGGAAGCGCCAGCAGGGACUGGAGGAAGACGACCUAAUAUGAGUGCCUGCACAGAUGCUGUUUCAUUGAAGCCCAGCAGGCCUGUGGGAGGAGGUGAGGAUCACCUGCUGCUCAGGGAAGGGAAAGCACUUGCCCAAGGCCCCACAGCUGGGGGCGGGGGCACUAGCUCCACGCGGGGCUCUCCCAACACAGCUCUGGCAGCACUGUUCUGUGAACUGGCUUCCAUGUGGCUUGGAGACAGUCUGGUCCUCUGGGGAUCAAGUUAGGAGGUGAGGAGCUUGGCGCUGCCCGGAGCACUCAGUCAGGUGGGCCCUGGGGGAGACAAGCCCUGGGUGGAAGGGGACUUGGGAGGAUGGUGGGGUGCCUAGGUAGUAAAGCACUGAAAACUUAGGGUUCUGGGUGCUGCCUGCUCUGGGUGAAGUUGUGUCUCGUCAUCACUAAGAAUCAGGUGAGGGUUAUGGAAAGAAGUCAUGGAGAACGCUGGCUGCUGUUGCUGGGCUUGUCUCUGUGGGGAACUUGCCUCUCCCAUUUUGCUGCCUGGUUUUGUCUCUUUUGGGGACAUGGGGGUGUUGCUCUCAGGCUCUGACUGUAGUUGUAUUACUUUUCAUCUCUAAGAAGGAGCCCUCCUUGAGUUUUCUAGGGGCAUUUCUGGGCUCAUGGAAGGGAAUGGACAGAGGGAGGUUGGGCCUGGCUGUGGUAGAUGGUGUGGUCUGUCCCUGGCUGUGAUGCCAGAUGUGGCCUUUUAUCAGGCAGCUUAGUCCUCCGGCCUCAUGGGAAGACUCUUGCAAGCAGGCACCGUAGUCACUUCUGGAGCUCAAGCCUGGCUCAGCUCCUUGCCCUGGCCCAGCCCACGGUCAGGCUUGAUGCCAUGUCUCAUUUUCCUGCUUAGGGAAACAGGUGACGGUCAGAGAGUCCUUUUUUUUGACUCUAACCUAAAUACUUCUGCUGUUCUGGAAAGUCAGAUUUUUUUCCUUUUUGUUCAUGGAAAUGAAUUAAGGAGAGAGACAGGAGUUUUAGAUAGCUAAGACUAUCUUUGAGAAGUCCCUUCUCCACUUGUAAUUUAGGAAGCUGCAUUUUAAGUGUGCAGCCUCUUUCCCCCUCUCCCAGGCAGCUCGAGCUCUCCACUCUCCAGACUGAGCACAGCUCCUCUCCUCCCUGAGAACUGGGUUCCUGCUGCUCACAAACACCCCUUGGGCUUAAGGAGUUUUGGUUUGGUGGGUCAGUGGCAAGACACAUUGAUCAAGAGACACUGGAUUCCUUGAUACCUUCGUGUCACUCUCUAAGCCUCCUUGAGUCCAUCGUCUCACUGGCUCCCUCAGGCUGCGGCCCUGGCCCCUGAGAUGGUGAUGACGGCCCACACGAGGUAUGAUUUGGAGUUUAGCCAGGAAAGCCCUAGUUCCCCAAAUACCUCUUCCCUCGCCUGACAUGCCGGAAGUGCUGCCAUUAGCUGCUGCAUCCCUUUCCCUGACCAUGGUGGCAUCUCAUGCUCAGACUAGCCCUCUGCGGUUCACACUGCACUCCUACUUCAUAGAGGGGACACUGGGCACCACUUUUCCCCUGUUCACUUAACAUGGUGGCCUCUCAACAGUGGGACUUUUCAUGGCUAUGUGGGAGGUGGCUAGGCUACCAUUUAUUACUACCUUUCCUGGAGAUGAAGGUUUCUUUUUAGUAGCUCAACUGGGGAGGCAAAUUGCAGGCAUCCUCAAGGCCCUAACCAGGGGCCUCACUUUCUGCAUCUCAGGAAUUGAGGGUGGCCCUGGCCGUCUUGUGAACUCUCUCUAACCUCCAGACGGACUUCCUUUCCAAGGGUUUGAGGAGGCCAAGUGAAUGCUGGGUUGAGGUGGGAAUGCUCUGCCUUGGUCCUCUCAUCUUCUACUGAGUCAUGAGCCACCUUCCUUGGGCAGACUUCAUUUACUUCGGCCGUUAGUAGUGUUUGUUUAUCCUGUUUUCCCCAAAGUAUCUUUGAACUCAGGCCUUUCACCAGGGACCCAUCUGCUGGCCUGUUGUGCUGAACCUUUGGUCUAGCCACAUCUUCAGGAGAAGACAGGUCUCCUAAGGUAGCCCUAAUUAGGGCGAGGGCACUUCCAGGACCAGUGAGGCUGAUGGGCCUGGUCCCAAGGGUGCUCUUGACAAGAUGGACAGGGGAAGGCCUGCUCAGCCUGUUAGCCCCUUAGCCCAAGCCCAUGCAUUCAGGUCUGCCUGCUGUGUAGCAUUCCUGGAGAGGGGUCUGUGAGGCUGGCUUCUCACUCACUCGAGGCAGAACUCAUUGUCUGGGAAGGAGGCGGCCAGUCUAGACCUGAAGCCCCCGGCUCUUCAAGAAGGGGCUUCCCUCACAGAGGAGUGAGGUGGCUCUGCUCGGCCUUAGCCCUUCCUCCGCCCCGGGGGUUCAGGAGGUAUGGAGAAGGCUGAGUGUAGUUGUGGGUAGAAAACCUCGCCCUCCUGCACGGUUACGCACACGACGUUGGCCUCCUGGCUGUAGCUCACUCACUCUGGUCUGGUGAUGGCCACGGCAGUUUUUAGAAAUCUAUUUAAAAUAUCUAUCUGUAUCUAUUUACUGUGUUUUUUCUGAAUACGCAAGUGUAAAUAGUAUAAUUUGCAGUGCAAAGUCCUUGGCAAUAACUUUAUGUUGUAUAUUAUGUUUAAAAAACAUUGGAAAACGUGACCACCGUGGAUUGUCCUUCCCCUCUGGGGCAAUGAUUACAUGUAGGACUCUGAACUUUACAAACCUUCGGCGUGGUUGAAGCAGCAGCCUGCAUGUGUGGACUGUCACCAGUGCCUCGCCCAGAGAUGCCUGGCCUUCAUCCAAAGGGACUCUCUGCCACCUCGACUCCCACAGGCAGCACCCACACUGUGGCUCCUUCGCACUGACUGUGUUGGACUCUGCCAUAGACUGACCCUCUUGUCUGGCUGCUGCAGUUUGUCUGUCAUGCCCUGACAUGUUGCAUUUUCCCCAUUUGGAUGAUUAAAAAUAAAAGCUUCUGUCUUAAACAGCAA